AUGGCAUCAAAGAAGGAGAAGAAGCUGACUGAGGAUAAGCUGGUCCUGAAACGGAUAUUGGCACUUCGAGAUGUGGUGGAAAGGUUCGUGGCGGAAUACAACCACGAGCGGGAUUCUGGAGAAGUUUCUGUCCGCCUUGACACGUUGGAUAGGACGAAUAAGGAGUUUCAUCAUGUACAGUCGGAGAUAGAGAAGUUGGAUGCAGCGGAAAACUUCGAGCAACACAUGGAGAUGCGGACCGAUUUCGAGAAUCGCUUCUGCAGGCUGAAGGGCUUUCUUCUCUCCAAACGGGAACGGAACCAACCUCUCCUGAACUCAACAAUGUCGUCUGCAUUUGCGCCACCUCACAAUUCGACCAGUUUCCACCAUCGACUACCAAAAAUCGAUUUGCCGAAGUUCUCUGGAGAUGAAUCGCGCUGGAUUUCAUUUCGGGACAAUUUCCUCUCCAUGAUCCAUAGCAAUGAUGACAUUCCGACGGUCAACAAGUUGCAAUAUUUGCUACAAUCACUAGAAGGAGAUGCCAGAAAACCCUUUGAGAGUGUAGACAUCCAAGCGGACAAUUACGCAUCAACUUGGGAAGCGCUGAUGAAGAGAUACGAUAACAAGCGGUUCUUGCGGAAAGAGCUAUUCAGACGGUUGUUUGAAUUGUCGCCGAUGAAACGUGAAUCAGCUCUGGAGCUGAACACUUUGGUGGAUGAUUUCCAACGUCAUGUGAAGGCUUUGGGGAAACUUGGCGAACCCAUUGUGCAUUGGGACACUCCUCUCACAUUCAUCCUAUGCAGUAAGCUCGAUUCAUAUACGUUACGCGCCUGGGAGCAAGAGACUCGACAGAAAGACGAAGUUAAGUAUGAUGAAUUGAUUGAAUUCUUAACGCAACAAGUACGCAUGUUGAAGUCAGUAUCCAACGAUCUGCAACAUCGUUCUCGAGGAGCUAGCACUAAUGUGGUUGGUGUCACCCCGAAGAAGGUCUCUACAAUCAAGUCCAUUGUCAACACUGUUACAAACGAAGCCAAGCCGAAUGCUGCGCAAUGUCAUGCGUGCUCGGAGAAGCACCAGCUGUUUCAAUGUCAGACGUUUGCUAACCUACCUGUCAUGCAGCGUCGUGAGUUGAUAUCGCAGCGAAGUCUAUGUUGGAACUGUUUCCGCCCGAACCACCAAGCGAAGGUGUGCAAAUCAAAGUUCUCAUGCAGAUCGUGUCACGCUAAACACCACACGUUGUUGCAUGACCAAGCUGCACCUCCAAAGGUGUUACCGAAUCCUGUACCCAAGGCUACUACCGCCGGCCCGUCGAAUACACCUACGCAGCAACCAAUUCUAACCACGUCAGCAAACGUGGGGACCGUUGGAUCAUCGAGUCCACCCAAAAUGAACCUCUCCGUCCAGUCAAGCAGAAGCACGGUCCUCUUGGAAACGGUUGUGCUCAACAUCGUCGACAAGCACGGUAAAGAAAUAUCUAUUCGAGCUCUGCUCGAUUCUGCUGCGAUGUCAAACUUCAUUACCAAGAAGCUGGCAAAUGCACUUGCCACCCGUCAAGCCCCGGUCGAUGUCGCAGUAGCCGGAAUAGGAGAAUCUGUGAAGCAAAUCAAGCGGCAAAUCGCAGCAACGAUUAAAUCACGAACCACGUCCUAUUCCACCACACUCGAGUUCCUGAUCAUGAAAAAGCCCACGGCCAAUCUACCAACGAUUGCCAUCAAUUCCGCAUCGUGGAACAUACCAAAGGUUCCACUGGCCGAUCCAACCUUCAACGUUCCAGGCAUGAUCGACAUUAUCAUCGGUGGAGAGUGUUAUCAUGAGAUGCACACUGGUAACCGCCUGUCACUCGGUGACGGUUUACCUUUCCUAAUCGACACCCUUUUUGGAUGGACAGUAUCUGGAAAAACUGCCAUCAAUUCCGCUGUUUCUCCACCCGCCUGCUACUUAUCGACUGUCGAUCGAUCCCUCGAAACAACGCUUCAGAGAUUCUGGGAACUCGAAGCUGUCGAUCAUGGCCUGGCGUAUUCCACUGAAGAAAAGCAAUGUGAAGAAAUCUAUGCCAACACUACCACCCGAACUCACUCCGGAAGGUACGUCGUACGCCUUCCUCGGUCCGAAGAUCCGCAAGUCACCCUCGGCGAAUCUCGAGCAAUUUCCACCCGUCGUUUCCAUAGUCUCGAGCGACGCCUAGAGAAAGAUUCCGCCUUAAAGCAAACCUACCACGAGUUUAUCGACGAAUAUCUACGCCUUGGCCAUAUGCGGAAACUCACUAUUGUUGACGACGAUUUGCCACACUGUUACCUACCACACCACCCGGUGUUCAAGCAGAGUAGUACCACCACCAAGGUCCGUGUGGUGUUCGACGCCUCCUGCAAGACCUCUUCCGCAGUAUCACUGAACGACACGCUUCUCGUUGGUCCAGUUGUACAACAGCAUCUCGUCAACAUUACCAUUCGCUUCCGCUUCCAUGCUAUCGCCUUCGUUGCCGACGUGGAAAAGAUGUAUCGACAAGUUCUUCAUUAUCCCAUUGAUCAGCAGUUGUUGCGCAUCCUGUUUCGUCGUAAUCCGUCGGAUCCACUCGACACAUAUGAACUCCUCACAGUCACAUACGGUACAGCAUCAGCUCCAUACUUGGCAACUCGAACCCUGCUACAGUUGGCCAAAGACGAAGGAGACAAGUAUCCGGAAGCCGUUCAACCUGUCAUCGAAGAUUUUUAUGUUGAUGACCUUCUCUCCGGUGCAGACAACCUGGAUGCUGCUAUCGAAAAACGUCGCCAAAUCACGGAUAUGCUUGCAUCAGCUGGAUUCCCAUUGAGAAAGUGGGCGUCCAACGUUCCGGAAGCUUUGACUGGAAUACCACUCGAAGACUUGGCAAUCAAACCCCUCUUCGAUUUGCAAGAUGACCAAUCAGUGUCCACGCUUGGACUUGUUUGGGAUACAAGAACGGACAUGUUGAGAUUCAACGUCGAAAUGCCACUUCCUGCAGCGGUGCUUACAAAGCGUAAGGUAAUAUCAUACAUCGCUAGAAUCUUCGAUCCACUAGGCCUCGUCGGCCCGGUUAUUGCUACUGCUAAGAUGUUUAUGCAACGGCUCUGGAAGCUAAAAGGCGAGGAUAAUCAACCCUACGAGUGGGACAGACCUCUUCCACCGAAACUGCAAGAAGAAUGGAAAAGAUAUCAUGCCACGCUGGACAUCCUCUCGGAACUACGAAUUCCUCGUUUCGUUUCUUUCGCCGAUGCACCCAGAAUUCAGCUUCAUUUGUUCUCCGAUGCGUCAGAAGCCGUGCACAUUGAAUUGGUAUCAGACCUCUCAACGCCAGCAUUUCUAUCCGCGCUACGUCGUUUUGUUGCUCGUCGCGGCCGUAUCCAAGAACUCCACUCCGAUAAUGGAACGGCUUUCAAGGGUGCCGCAAAUUCAAUGCACCGCGUCUACGAGAUGCUGAAGGCCAACAACACUGACCGUGAAAUGAUCAGCAACUGGUGUGCAGAGCAAGAAACCAAAUGGAAAUUUAUACCGCCACGCGCCCCGCACUUCGGAGGAUUGUGGGAAGCCGCGGUGAAAUCAUGUAAGCAUCACCUACUACGAGAAACCGGCCAUACGUCCUUCACCCAAGAAGACAUGAUAACACUAUUGGCACAAAUAGAAAUGUGUCUAAACUCACGGCCAUUGACUCCGAUACCCAGCGAUUCCGCCGACCUCGAAGUGUUGACACCAGGCCACUUCCUUGUUGGUUCGAAUCUCCAAGCAGUCCCGGAAGCCAACAUCGCCGAAAUUCCAGAUAACCGCCUAGAUCACUGGGAACGUACCCAAAAGCAUUUUCAACGAAUCUGGGCAAGGUGGUAUCCAGAAUAUCUCGCCCAGUUGCAAACCCGGGCAAGCAAAGGCUGCAAGUUACCGGUUAACCUACAGUUGGGACGGAUCGUGGUCAUCAAAGACGAAAAUCUCCCGCCGGCACAAUGGCCACUGGGUCGAAUCACCAAACUGCAACCAGGCAAGGAUGGUACCGUACGCGUCGUCAGCAUGAAAACAGCUAAAGCAGAGAACGUCGUGCGACCAGUCGCCAAAAUCGCCCUUCUACCAAUACCAUCCGAAUGCGAAGAUCAUCAAUAG